AUGAAGUUAGGGCAAGUCUGGACGUGCUGCCCCAGGGGCUGGGAGCUCUUUCAGGCCAGCUGCUACUACUUCUCUAAUGACAUCAUGACCUGGGAUGACAGUGAGAGGAACUGCACAGGGAUGGACUCCCACCUGGUGGUGAUCAACACAGGAGCUGAGCAGGAUUUCAUCUUCACUCGGGUAAAUGGAACAGUUACAGGCAGCGAAGGAAUGAAUUACUGUAUUGGUCUGAUUGACAAGGAGAAGAAAGGACAGUGGCACUGGGUGGAUGAGACUCCAUAUAACGAUACUGCAGCGUUCUGGAGACCUGGGGAACCCAAUAAUGAUCCCAGUGAGUACUGUGCUGUCAUGCAUGUGGAGGGAAAACAAACCAAACAUGGAAACAGGAAUUGGAAUGACAUCGCAUGUUUCAAACUAUAUAAUCGAAUUUGUGAAACUGCAGCACUUAUAUUUUGAAGAAACCCCAUCCUGGAUAUGAAGCUGGAGAGUCAGCACAUCUCUCGCUUGGGUCAGCUCACAGAGAGAUCUGGCAGGAGGGUUUGGAUCAGCCCUGGGCUAUCAUGACAUUGGGCGUAGAUGGUGGAGGAUGAUGUGGGGCCCAGACUCACUCACUAGAUCAAUUUUGGAAAAAUCUGAAAACUGCUGAAAAUAUCUAAUGUGGAACAAGCCAAAGUGCAGUGAGCUCUGCCUGUGAUGUCAUUGAAGCUCCCAGGAGACUGGUGGAGGAGGCAGGCUGGGAAAGGCAGGACCAGUGGGUUUGCCCUGGGACAUGUUGAAAGGGGGUUUCCUGUUCAUAUUAACCCUGCCAGUCCUGGUCCAGGUAGCAACUUACCAGGAAUAAGGUCCUAUCCAUGCUGCAAAAAUAACUAGGUCUGAUCUUCUUUCCCCUUGACUCUGCUACAACUCAGCUCCCCCUUGUAACAAAAAUGGGGCUUUGUCCGUGUCCCUGUGCAAUGCUAAAACCCUUGAAUGGUCCAAUGCUUUAACGUCACUCAGGGACAAGAGCUUGUCUAUACCAAGUCAGUGAGAAAUCACCUAACCUAAAUUACUGUAGGGCUCCUUUAUACAGAAAUAAGAGUUUUCGCAGGGAGGGGGUUGCACCAAUUUAACCCAGUCAGCGUUGUAGCAAAGAGGCAUAGCCUCCCUCGGAGAUUGACAGCAAGGGACGGCCAAACACCCCCUAGUGGGUGGAACCAGGAAGGCCAUGCCCACCACACCAGAAGCAGAGGGGUGACACAGGAACAGGAAGUAUAAAAGGCAGGCCUUGUCACUCAGUUGGGCUGGAGCUGCUGAGGGAGACAGAUGCUUCCACCCUGCUGUUGGGUGAGGAGCAGAUAUCUGCUGUCCUGAGGACUCUUCUGAGCUGCCAGAUGCAGCCAACCUGAGGAGCUGCUGGGAUUGCCACUGGCAGUGUAUCCUGGGGAGAUGGAGAUUGACCCUGGGACUAAGGAACACCUGGAGGGGAGGAAGUAACCUGGGAACAGCUGACUCCAGUCUGGCAUGUUGCUGCCUGAUCCAAGCUCAGUGUGCUGUGGCUGGAUCCCUGUUGACCCAGUAGUGGAAACUCUGCCACUGUUGGGGCUUGGUGGAAUUGGGUGGGCCUGGGUCCCCCUGCCAUCCCACCAAAGGCCAAGAGGCCUGUGUUUGUCUGCUGUGU